AUGAUGGGGAUGAUGGAGAGUAAUGGAGAUGAUGAUGAUGAUGGAGGGAUGAUGAUGAUGGGGGUGAUGGGGAUGAUGGGGAUGAUGGAGAUGAUGGGUGGGGAUGAUGGGGAUGAUGGGAUGAUGGGGAUGAUGGGGAUGAUGGGGAUGAUGGGGAUGAUGGGGGAUGAUGGGGAUGAUGAUGGGGAUGAUGGAGAUGAUGGGGAUGAUGGAGAUGAUGGAGAUGAUGGGAUGAUGGAGAUGAUGGGGAUGAUGGGGAUGAUGGGGAUGAUGGAGAUGAUGGGAUGA